AUGCAUGUCAAUAGAGUUAUCUCCGUAGACCUAGAUGGACUUGCUAAACUAAUUUCUUACUAUAAAAAUCAGCUCUAAAGCUCGAUAGCUACAUCUACUGGUUACUCUAUUCAAGUAGAGCUUGAAGCUUAGCUCAUCGAGAUUAUUUCUCUGAAAUUCUAAAAUAUCUAAUCAACUCAAACAAAUCAGUAGCUAGAUAUAUAAAUGAAAACACUCACCUAGGUAGUAUAGUACUUACACCAAUAGCAAAUUCUAUCAAUCGAUAAUCUUGUUAGACAUAUGGAUGAGCAAACUUUAUCACAAACAGGACUCUUGGACUCAAAUAACUAUAAAAACAAAUUUAGAAGAGCAGUGACUCAAUUUAUGUAUGAGCAACAGAAAUUCAACCUCUUAAGAGAGGAAAAUGAAGGAUUUGCUAAACUUAUAGUUGAGUUAAAUCAGCCAAACAUCAACCAGUCAAACAUUGACAUUGUCAAAAAGAAUGUUGAAGCAAUGAUUGGAUUCUUCAACCUUGAUCCUAACAGAGUUAUGGACAUAAUUCUUGAUUCUUACGAAAAUAAUAUGCAGAAUGAAGCUUAUUUGAUUCUUCUAAAAGAUCCUUAAUUUAAUGCAGUAUCAAUCGCUCAAGUAAUGGGUUUUAAAUUCUAGAGUUAUUUAGAAUAACUAGCUAAAAGCUCUACUACCAAUAACAAUACAGCUCACCCACCUUAAAGUCUUUUUAAUCUCACUGCUGUUUUGAUUAAAAACAAGAUCAUAACAUUCGAUGACAUAUGGCCUCAUUUGGGAAACUAUCAGGAAUCAAAGGAUUCUAAAGAACUAGAUGAAGUUGAAGUAUUGCUAAAUAAAUAACUAAAAUUAGCUCAAUUUCACUAUAAAUCAAUGUAUGAAUCUAUAAUGGAUAGAGAGGCUUAUGAAAAGACUAUCAAACAAAGAAUACUAGAAAAGGAAGAAGUUGAAAAACUUAGAUCCCAAAUGCCAUUAAAUUUCAGACUCAAACUCUUGGAGAGUUUCGUCAGAAUAAAUCAGUGGGGCUUAGUAGAUGAAAUCAUUGGAAGAUUUUAUGACUAUAAGCUAGAUUUAACUCUGAGUAGCAGUUUAUUAAGUGCAAUGUUCGAAUAAUUACUAUGGUUUAUAGAGCCUAUAUAUGGUCCUCUUGGCAAGGCUAAACAUUUUAAAAACACAAAUACACUUAAAGCUAGUGGUCUUAUACUUUCUUAAAACGAAGGCGAGUUUCAAUAAGCAUCAACUCCAGCUAUAUUCUUCGAUAAUAUUUUAUAAAUACUUAAACCUCUUGGAGUUUAUCUUGCAUAUGAUCAGAAAAUCUUUUACAAACUUUGUGUAAUCAUCAAGCAGCACUUUUCUAUCAAUCCAAGAAGAAGUAUAUAGAUAGCUGGAGAGUUAUUCCUCCCUGCGCUAGCAUUAGUUGAGGAAAAUAACGAAAUUUCAGAGUUAAUCUGGAGCAUUCUAUCAAAUAUAGACUAUACUCUUAGAUAUGAAUUCUAUACAUAAAUGAUAACCUAAACAUAUAUUUCAAGUACUGCACUAAUUGUUAAAAUGGUAGAGGUAUAAGAAGGAAUUCGAUAAUGGCAGAAGAGACUUAGUAUUGAAACAGUAAAAUUGAAUGCUAGAUAACUAGCUAAAUUAGCAUCUGGAAAUGCAUUAAUUGUCAUGAAUACAGUGCUCUCUUAUGCCAAGAAUUACAGGAAUAUGAUUGAAGCUCAAAUACAAUCACUCAGUCUUUUUGGACCUUUAUAACUAGAUAUGGUCGCAUUUAGUUUAGUCAGAUUGAUAUCAGAUUCUCCAGAACAAAGAUUGGACUCAGAGGCGAACCCAAAUGACUGGCUUCAAAAUCUAGCUGAGUAUUCAGCUUUGUUCUUCAAAAAGUAUUGCUAAGUAGAUAUGGUUGGCCUUCUUACAUACCUCCUAAAUAAAAUGAGAUAUGAUAAUGAGUUCAAUGAGAUGAUCAUAUUAAAGGAAGUAAUUGCCAAGAUGUUUGGAUGGUCUUAAUUCAACGUAAAUGAAAUGACCCCGUCUCAAUUACAAGCUUUGGCUGGAGGUAUUGUACUCAGAUUAGAACAUAUGUCAUAAUACAACAAUUUUAAGAGAACUUAAAAGUCUAGUGAUGCUCUCUAGAAUUUAUUCUGGCAAAGAACUAAUGACAAGCCUCUGUCACUUGCCUUUAGAUUGAUGGCUAACUUGGCUAAAAUGACUUAGUAUAUCUAGAAUAGUGUUCAAACAGAUUAAAUGAUGCUUAUCAGUACUUUAUUAGAUAGAAUGCAAUUCACCUUCAUUUAAUUUGUUGAGUCUCUCAAUUAUCUAGAGUAUAUUCCAAGUAAGUAUGCUUAAAUCUGGCCAGCCUCACCAGAAAAAGUCCUAACUGUAAAUUACAAGCUUCCUCCCUAAUAUGUCUUCUAAAUUCUUAGAGGAGGACUUAAGAAAAUUUAGCAUCUUACUGACGAUGAAUUCGAUUAGAAAGUUCAUGAAUUUAAAAGUGUGCUUGAUUUGCACUACCAAAUAAGAGUUGAUGAAGUGACUGAUGAAAAAGAUCAAGAGAGUGAAUACUGGGACGAGAGGGCAUUCUUAACUUAAAAGAGGGAUGAAAUAUGGAGAUGUCUCAAUCCAAAAUUAUAUUGCAUUUUCUGGUAUCUUUAACUCUAAUCACUGCUCGUACCAAAUGACUCUUACUCUGAAUAAAUAAAAAAAGUUCAACUGUAAAUGGAUUAAUCAAAUAAUCAGUAAACUUCUAACAACAAAAAAAAUAAUAAAGAGAUUGAGAGGCUCAAGGCAACUAAAAAGAAUCUUGAAAUAGAACAUAAAGACUAUUAGAAUAACUUCUUGGAGAUAGAUGAAUUCCUGGCUAAACAACUGCCAAAAUGUUUUGAGACAAUAGAAGAUGAUUUCUAGGUCAAUUGGAGCACGGUCUUCAUUCAGCAUUGCCUAUACCCAAGGAUAAUGUUUUCAGCAACUGAUUCACUCUACGCAAUUAAUUUCAUCAAGAAACUACAUAAACAUAAAGUCCCCAAUUUCAAUAUUCUAAGUACUCUUGGAUAAAUUUUAAAGAGUGUUGCUCCAACUAUUCAUUGCUGCACUGAGGAGGAAAGCUAAAACUUAGGGGUAUUUUUCUUAGAGCUUUUCCAGUUGAUUGAUUAGUGGUAAAAACCAGAUAUUUGGGAUAGAGAUUGUAAGAACUACUCAGGUUUCGCUAAACUUAUAGGGUCUACUCAAAGCAUCAAACUCUCAGAAUUCUAAUAAAUAGUUGAAUCGAUUCAUAAAAGAUUCGCUUAAAAUCUUAUAAUGUGCUUUUAAAAUGGAAAACAAUAAAUCAAAACAAAAUGCGGAUUGACAAUUUUAAAUAAGAUGAGUCCAAUUUUCCCUAACUAGUACUAUAUUGCUAAAGUGCUAUAAAAACAUCUGCAAAAUUUAGUAGGUCAAAAGGCCUAGAUUGAUAACAUGCUUUGGACUCUAGCGUUCUAAUGCAACUAAAAUUUACUCAAGAAAAUGGAUGGGAUGGAGAAGCCUGCAAGUGUAAUAGAAUAAGAAUAAAAAGCAGUAACCUAAACAACUAUUGAUUAACCAAUAUUAUAGAAAGCUGAGAAAGAAUAAGCAGAAAGAGAGAGAGAACGUGAGAGAGAAAGAGAUCUAAGAAACAGAGAUAGAGAACGCGAACAAAGAGAUCGAGAUAAGUAAUAAAAUCCCUCUAGUGCUGCUGCAGCUAAGGAGUCUGAAAUAGGUGGAGUUGAAUCGAGACGUAAGGUGAAGGAGAGAGAGAAGGAUCUAUAAUAAUAGCAACCAGCAAAUAGAUAAGCCUCUGAUGCCAAUUACAUUGCUCCAUAAGCUGAUGUUGCUUCUAGGAUAAUAGUUGCUAAUAGAGACCAGUAAAGUAACAUUAAGGAAGAAGAAAAGAAACAAAGAGGGUUGAAUGAAUCAAAGGACAAUAAUGGCAAUAACUCUAAGGAUAAUGCUAACCCAAAUACCAAUGCAUCAGGUACUAGAAUUAUCACAAAGCCAAGCAGAAGCCCUAUUGACAAUAAGAGAAGAGAUAGAUCUCCAAAUAGAGACAAUAAUGAUGAUAGGAAGUACAGAGAUGUUAAAAGACCAAGAAAAGAUGAAGACUAAGGUUAAUCUUCUAGAUUCAUCCAAAAGAACAAUCAACCUAAUAAUUAGAGAAAAUGA